UCUCGUAUCCUCAGGGUGAAGGUGGUUUCUGGCAUUGACCUGGCGAAAAAGGACAUCUUUGGAGCCAGUGACCCAUAUGUGAAGCUUUCCCUGUAUGUAGCAGAUGAGAACAGAGAACUCGCUCUUGUGCAGACGAAGACUAUCAAGAAGACACUGAAUCCAAAAUGGAAUGAAGAAUUUUACUUCAGAGUGAACCCAACCAACCAUCGGCUCCUGUUUGAGGUGUUUGAUGAAAACAGGCUGACCAGAGACGACUUCCUGGGUCAGGUGGAUGUGCCCCUCAGUCACCUCCCGACUGAAGACCCCACCAUGGAAAGACCAUACACCUUUAAGGACUUCCUGCUCAGACCAAGAAGCCACAAGUCUCGUGUAAAGGGCUUCUUGAGGCUGAAGAUGGCUUACAUGCCUAAGAAUGGUGCCCAGGAGGAGGAGAACAGUGAUCAAAGGGAUGACUCUGAGCACGGAUGGGAUGUGGUUGAUUCCAGUGACUCCGCUUCUCAACGCCAGGAGGAGUUACCGCCUCCUCCACUGCCUCCAGGGUGGGAAGAGAAGGUGGACAACCUGGGCAGGACUUACUACGUCAACCAUAACAACAGGACUACUCAGUGGCAUCGACCAAGCUUGAUUGACGUGGGCUCCGAGUCAGACAACAACAUCAGGCAGAUCAACCAGGAGGCUGCCCAUCGGAGGUUCCGCUCUCGGAGGCACAUCAGUGAGGACCUGGAACCAGAACCCAUGGAGAGUGGAGACAUUCCUGAGCCUUGGGAAACCAUUUCAGAGGAGGCAAGUGCAAGUGGAGAUUCCCUAAGCUUGUCAUUGCCACCUCCUCCUGCAUCUCCAGUGUCCCGUCCCAGUCCUCAGGAGCUAUCUGAGGAACUGAGCAGAAGACUGCAGGUCACUCCUGAUUCCAAUGGGGAACAACUCAGUUCUUUGAUUCAAAGGGAUCCUACUUCAAGAUUAAGAUCCUGCAGCGUAACGGAUGCAGUUGCUGAACAGUCUCAGCUCUCCUUGCAGAGCGGUCCAGCCAGGAGAGCUCGUUCUUCCACUGUCACAGGGGGUGAGGAGCCAACGCCCUCCGUGGCCUAUGUCCACACCACCCCAGGCCUCCCCUCGGGCUGGGAGGAGCGGAAGGAUGCCAAGGGCAGGACCUACUACGUGAACCACAACAACCGAACCACCACGUGGACGCGGCCCAUCAUGCAGCUGGCGGAAGAUGGGAUGGUGGGAUCAGGAGCCAACAGCAGCAACCACCUCAGUGAGCCCCAGAUCAGGCGGCCUCGCAGCCUCAGCUCACCCACCGUGACCCUCUCUGCUCCACUGGAGGGUAUGAAGGACUCCCCGGUGCGCAGGGCGGUGAAGGACACCCUCUCCAACCCCCAGUCUCCACAGCCCUCCCCUUACAACUCCCCUAAGCCACAACAUAAAGUUGCUCAAAGCUUCCUCCCUCCUGGCUGGGAGAUGCGGAUAGCGCCCAACGGCCGGCCCUUCUUCAUCGACCACAACACCAAAACCACUACGUGGGACCCAAGGCUGAAAUUCCCAGUGCAUUUGAGAUCAAAAGCAUCUUUGAACCCAAAUGAUUUGGGCCCUCUUCCUCCUGGUUGGGAGGAAAGAAUACACCUGGACGGACGAACGUUCUACAUAGACCAUAAUAAUAAGAUCACGCAGUGGGAAGACCCCAGGCUGCAGAACCCAGCCAUUACCGGUCCAGCAGUUCCCUACUCCAGGGAGUUCAAACAGAAGUAUGACUAUUUCCGGAAGAAGUUGAAGAAACCAGCCGAUAUCCCCAACCGCUUCGAGAUGAAACUCCACAGGAAUAACAUCUUCGAGGAGUCCUACAGAAGAAUCAUGUCUGUGAAGAGACCUGACGUGCUCAAAGCCAGGCUCUGGAUUGAGUUUGAGUCCGAGAAAGGACUUGACUAUGGAGGGGUGGCCAGAGAGUGGUUUUUCCUCUUGUCCAAGGAGAUGUUUAACCCUUAUUACGGUCUCUUUGAGUAUUCAGCAACGGACAACUACACACUUCAGAUUAAUCCUAAUUCAGGUCUCUGUAAUGAAGAUCACUUGUCCUACUUCACCUUUAUCGGCCGCGUGGCCGGGCUGGCCGUGUACCAUGGCAAGCUCCUGGACGGCUUCUUCAUCAGACCUUUCUACAAGAUGAUGCUGGGGAAACCGAUAACUCUGAAGGACAUGGAGUCAGUGGACAGUGAAUACUACAACUCCUUGAAGUGGAUCCUGGAAAACGACCCCACGGAGCUGGAUCUCAUGUUCUGCAUCGACGAGGAGAACUUUGGCCAGACGUACCAGGUGGACCUGAAGCCCAACGGCUCCGAGAUCAUGGUGACAAACGAGAACAAGCGGGAGUACAUCGAGUACGUGCGCAGAGGAGGGGGUCCCCCGGGGGAGGAGCUGGGGGGGCUGAGGAGAUGA